UAGGUUUCUCAGAUCUCUUAAACACAAUGCUUCAACUUCAGGCACUCCUCUUUCUCUGUCUCUCGCUCUCCUGCUCCGCCACUGCAGGCGACCACGAUGCUCCACAUGAUCUUGUCCGUUUAUCGUGCGCACACGCCAGCUACCCCACCAUCUGCGUUCGCACACUCUCCGCCUACAAGGGACCCGCCAAGACCCCUCGUGACUUAGCCCAAGCGGCCGUGAAAGUCAGCCUUUCCCGCGCGAGCAAAGUGUCUGCGUACCUCACACAAGUCUCGUCCACCAUCAACAAGGGCAACAACACGAACAAGAAAGAACGCAACGCACUCGGUGAUUGUGUGGAGCAGAUAUAUGAGUCGGUGGAGGAGUUGAGCAAGACAUUGAAUGAACUGAAGCAUUUGAGACGGGAUAAGUUCAGUUGGCAGAUGAGUAAUGUGGAGACAUGGGUGAGUGCGGCUUUGACAAACGAGGACACGUGUCUUGAUGGGUUUGAAGAUGUUGAUGGAAAGGUUAAGAGUGAUGUGAAGAAGAAGAUCACCAACGUGGCUAGAGUUACUAGUAAUGCUCUUUAUAUGAUUAAUCGUCUGCAUGAGAGUCGUGAGAGGUCCUGGAUAAACGUGAUGGAAGAUGGACGGCAGUGAUUACUGUAUUAUGUAGUUAAUACUUUGUUUGAGUGUUUUAGUACAAGCUGUAUGUAUGAUUUUACUGAUUAUUAUUAGUGAAUUAAGUGUGAUGCUAUAGCCUUUUUAUUUCACAACAUUUGUUUUUAAUA